AGUCAGCAGGAGAUCUUUCAAGAAGUUUUGUUAGACAUGAAAGGAGUCCACCAGUCCCCAGGAGUCUGUCUGUGGUAGAGUCAGGUCUCAGGGCGAAUCAGGCAGGGUCAGCUCGGAGUUGGGACUGGUCUGGACUCAGCACCCUCUUGUACCUAAUCUUAUGCCAGGCCCGGCUAGAAAUUGGACAGUCGCAGUUUGCCUCCACUACAUUCCCAGGAUUAGACCAGAGGCGGAUUCUGCAAAUGCUACCAAGCCCUCCCUGCACUGUUCCUGGGCCCCAGAGGCUGGACAUAUCCUGAACAAAGCCCGCGCCCUGCCCUCCCUCCGCCGUGUCUCUGAGUCCCUGGUUUCAGUGUUUAGCCUUGUCUGUCCCUUCUCCAGUAGAAGGGGGGAGAGGUCCCUGGGUAGGAAUUAGAGUCCCUGCCCCCUGCCCUCCACUCCCACUCACCCAGCGGGGUCCUGCCCAGUGAAAUGAAAGCACGGGGACCAGUCAGCAUUGUGUAGGACCCACUUCUCAAAGUGUGGUACCCACACAAACUGAUCAGAAUUACCUGGGGACGUUUUUUUAAAUGCGUGUUUCUUACUGGUCCCAAUGGACUAAAUCAGAAUCUGGAGUGGGGGUGAGACCAAAGAACGUGCAUUUCUAAUGAAGCACUUCAGGUGCUUCUGCUGAGGAACUGUGUAGGUGAGAGGGUGCGCUGGAGCACAGAGAGGUGACAGCAUGGGUAGAGGGUUCUAGAAGGCUGCCGGCUGUCAUCCUAUCGUUACCCCCUUUUGCUUCUUGCUGCACACUCUCUCCCUAGCUGCUCUCUGGGCAAAGACUGCCAAGGAUGGAUUCUCGCCCUUACCCCAGUGGGCAAAUUCGACUUGUCUGGGGCUCCCUCUCCAGCCACCAGUCCCACUGUAGAGUGCUUGCCAGACUCCCCACUGCCUUCUGGGAGGGGCAAGAGGCAGGAGGUCAGGCAGAGGCUGGGGACACAGCUGCAGCAGCCCAGGGCUCCGUUUCCUCCCCCAGCCCUGGGCCUCUGGGGCAGAGGAAGCCCAGGCAGGAAGGCCAGAGCUGCCACCAGCCAGAGAGGCCCACGAAGCGCCCCCCUCAUCCCCCCACGAGUCAUCCUGCCCUCAGAACCUCAGCAUCAUGGAUCUUCAUUUGGCACCGUUCUUAGACUAGGGGCCUUCUGUAGCCUAUGUGGCCAUAUGCCCAGCCCUACCAGCCUUACCAUGUCAUGCCAGAAGACACUGCCCCUCCCUCGUGGCAGCUGCCCCUACCUGGGGAUCCAGUCCCCAGGCACACACCUGCAUACUCUCCACCAUUCAGAAAGUCCUUCUUGCUGUCUGACCUUAGUCCUUCUUGCUGCAGCCUCAGCCCUAAUCUUCUCAUUCUAAACCUCGGAGAAAUGAAGAAGGGCGUGACUUCUGAAGCACUGGAUGGUUUGGGAGCUGAGAUGGGGACUGUUAUAGGUCAGAAUUACUCCCCUAGUGCUCUCCACCAAACUUCUGGAAAAGUUCAACCAGCCACAGAAGGUCAAACAUUCAACAUCUAAGGACCAUGACCUUGGACCCUCCCAGGAGAACCUUUCUGAUGCUACUGACGGCCUUGGGCCUGACCCAGGGCGACCCCGUGAAGCCCUCUCGGGGCCCGCUGGUGACCUGCACGUGUGAGAACCCACACUGCAAAGGGCCUACCUGCCAGGGGGCCUGGUGCACAGUAGUGCUGGUGCGGGAGGAGGGCACACACCUCCAGGAACAUCGGGGCUGCGGGAACCUGAACCAGGAGCUCUGCAAGGGGCGGCCCACCGAGUUCUUCAACCACUACUGCUGCUACAGCCCCUUCUGCAACCACAACGUGUCCCUGGUGCUGGAGGCCACCCAGACUCCGCCAGAGCCGCCGCAAGAAGAUGGCCAGCUGCCUCUCAUCCUGGGCCCUGUGCUGGCCUUGCUGGUCCUAGUGGCUCUGGGUGCCCUGGGCCUGUGGCAUGUCCGGCGGAGGCAGGAGAAGCAGCGGAGCCUGAACAGCGAGCUGGGCGAGUCCAGCCUCAUCCUGAAGGCAUCCGAGCAGGGGGACAGCAUGCUGGGGGACCUCCUGGACAGUGACUGCACCACCGGCAGUGGCUCAGGGCUCCCCUUCCUGGUGCAGAGGACAGUGGCACGGCAGGUGGCUCUGGUGGAGUGUGUGGGAAAGGGCCGCUAUGGCGAGGUAUGGCGGGGUCUGUGGCACGGUGAGAGCGUGGCCGUCAAGAUCUUCUCCUCGAGGGAUGAACAGUCCUGGUUCCGGGAGACUGAGAUCUACAACACGGUGCUGCUCAGACACGACAACAUCCUAGGCUUUAUCGCCUCGGACAUGACUUCCCGCAACUCAAGCACGCAGCUGUGGCUUAUCACGCACUACCACGAGCAUGGCUCGCUCUACGACUUUCUUCAGAGGCAGACGCUGGAGCCCCAGCUGGCCCUGAGGCUAGCCGUGUCCGCGGCCUGCGGCCUGGCGCACCUGCACGUGGAGAUCUUCGGCACGCAGGGCAAGCCGGCCAUCGCCCACCGCGACCUCAAGAGCCGCAACGUGCUGGUCAAGAGCAACCUGCAGUGCUGCAUCGCGGACCUGGGCCUGGCUGUAAUGCACUCCCAGGGUAGCGACUACCUGGACAUCGGCAACAACCCACGCGUGGGCACCAAGAGGUACAUGGCCCCCGAGGUGCUGGAAGAGCAGAUCCGAACCGACUGCUUCGAGUCCUACAAGUGGACGGACAUCUGGGCCUUUGGCCUGGUGCUGUGGGAAAUCGCCCGCCGGACCAUUGUCAAUGGCAUCGUGGAGGACUACAGGCCACCCUUCUAUGAUGUGGUGCCCAAUGACCCCAGCUUUGAGGACAUGAAGAAGGUGGUGUGUGUUGACCAGCAGACCCCCACUAUUCCCAACCGGCUGGCUGCAGACCCGGUCCUCUCAGGCCUGGCUCAGAUGAUGCGGGAGUGCUGGUACCCAAACCCCUCUGCCCGCCUCACUGCGCUGCGGAUCAAGAAGACACUACAGAAGCUCAGCAACGGUCUCCAGAGGCCCAAAGGGAUUCACUAGCCACAGGCCUGAAGCCUGACUCUCCUCCGCCUGCAGUGUGUGUGGUGGGCAGUGGAUGGUGGCCUGUCUGGGUAGAGGUUCUGUGAGUGUGUGUGCUGGGGAGGGGAGUGCCCCUCUGUGGGCAGCUGUGCCUGCCCAACUCGGCCCCCAGCCCAUCCAGCCAAAAAUACAGCUGGGCUGAAACCCGAUCCCCGCACCCGCCGCGUGCUGUCUGGCCUGCUCAAAGCAGCAGGCUCCCUGACGCCGGGUUCCCCCCGCCUCCCACGCCCUGGGUGCACCCCACUACCACCCCCAGGACCUGAUGCAAAAGAGGCCUCAGAGCCAGGGUGGCCUGCACUUUACCCCCUGCUGUCAGUCAACCCCACUGCCCCACCAGAGCUGCCAGGGUGGCACAGGGCCCCGUCCAGCCUUCAGUAGACACCCUGCCCUGCCAGGCUUUAGCCUCUGUCCCAAGCCCCGGACACCCAGGCCCAUGGGUUUUUCUCCGUGGGUUUGUAUCUCAGCUCCAGGCCGCCUUGGGCCUCUAUCUCCUAGACAAGACCCCUGCUAGCUGAAUGCUAGCUGCCCAAGAGAGCGGGGGGCCUGAUCCUGGGCCCCUGCUCCACUCCCCUCCUAGCUGACUUACUGUGGCAUUAAACCCAAGGAGUCUUGCUGUGGGCGUGGCAGAGUCAUAGGCCAGUGGAGAGGUGGCAGGUCAGAUGGGCAAGGCCCAGGACUUUCAGAAUAAACUGAGAGGAUGUUGGAGCCAAGCAUGGCCGCCGGGGAAGGGCUCAGCUGGGCGUUAGGAGACCCAGGGUCUGGUCCGGGUGCUUGCUCUACAGGACAAGAAGGAGGCCUUCGCUGGCCCAGGACCUUUGUUUCUUUAUCUACAUAUUGAAAGAUUUGUAGAUGAAGAUUUGGUCCUGAUGUCUUUUGAGGUGUUUUUCAGCUCUAAAGUUCUUUGAAAUGUUUAGCCUGUGUCAGAAGUCAGUUCAUCAGUCCCUUGUACUCAUUGUGCCCCAGCCCCUGGCAAUUUGCUUCAAGAUGGAGAUUUGAAAAUAACUUUAGCUGAGGCCAAGGGUGUCUGAAAUGCCUCCUAGUUUAAUUCCACGAGCUCCAGUUCCGGCCGUAACCCAUGCCUGUGGCCAUCCUUGGGCUCACACAGCCCUGGGCCUUCUGGCAGGCAAGCCAGCCCCUCACCUGCUCUAUAGCUUCGCCUUCUCUGUCCAGGGCUGAGAGGGGCCAGGGGCCAGCUUCCUGCAGGGCCUCAAGGCUCAGAAGAAAUCUGGCUCCAGCCAGCAAGCCUGCAGCACCCAGGUUCCUGCUCCCCACUGGCCCCUGGCCCAGGCCCACACCCUUGGCCGGGCCCCAGAGAGUGUGUGUCUAGGAAGAACCUGGUGGCUGGAGAGAAACACAUGGAAAGUUCGGCGUUUGGAAAUAUCGAGGGUGUAUGUCCAUGCGCUGAGGAGGUUACCCUGAAUCCUAGGCGGGUAGAUGGGCUGGAGGGUGAUGGGGCUGGAAGUGGGGCCUGAGUGUUGGUGGGGAACAGAGCUCAGGCUAGGGACAUGACAGCCCCAAGCUUGGGAAGACCUGGCCUCACAGCCCUCAGCCUGGGACAGGGUGGAGAAGGACCCUCAGUUGUCCACAGGAGAUUAAGGAAACACAGCCUCCUUCCCCUCCUGCUGGAAACGCCCCAGCACAGCCUCCCUGGCCGGCUUCUCGGCUUCUCGAGUGUUUCUUCCUUCCACCGUCAGAGAGGCACCUUCCCAGGCUGCCUCCCAGCAUUGUGCAAGGCCCGGAGGAGAACCAGGAAGUGAAACUGGGUGAAACAGAAAGCUGCAUGGACCUGCCACGUUCCCACAUCGUCGUGGGUCACUCUGCUUCCCGAUAGUGUCACGUCUUCUGGUCACUGGAACCCACCUAGCCCAGGAAUCAGGACACUCCUCAAGGGUUUUAUCUCCACUGGAUUUGGGGGUUAAAAGUCUCCUGAGACUCCACAGCCAGAAACUGAAGGCAGCAGCUCACCAAAGGCCGGAAAAUCCCUAAGAGGAGAAGGUCUGAGGCAAGAGGUGGAGUGAUGGGGGAGAGUUGAGGGAAGGGGCCGGAGUUGGGAGUACAGCUGUGGCCAGGGAGAGGAGGAGGCGUUGGUGAGAGCGGUCUGCAUAAUGCUUCUGAGUUCAGGACGGUGUUCCAAGGCCGAAAUUACAGUCUCUUAACCUGGAGAUACUCUUCGUGGGAGCAUUUAGCUUGUGCUUAGCACAUAGUAGGUCCUCAAUAAAGCAUGGUUGAAGGUC